UCUUUGUUUUUUUUUUUCCUUUCUUCUCUAUGACCUUUUUUUUGGUCUAUGUCUAGAGAUCCAUAGCCAUGAAAACACUGACUGAGUUGUCAUCAUCUGGAGUAAUUCAAAGUCUCAAUUGGAUAUCAGUAACUAAACAAGUAUUUCAUAGGAAACCAAUCAGCAAAUAAGCUAGGAAAAAUUUUUGAUCUAACAUAUAUUUACUUAUUAUCCACUCUUUUCUUCUGCACAGCAAACAAAAGGGUUCCUUAUUCUUUAGUGCAAAUUUUUUUAUGGACUCACAAUAUCCGCCACUGUGGGAUUUCGGAAGCAUAUCAUAUGUUUUGUGACUCGAAUCUUGAUCUCGAUUGUAUCGAGAAUAUGUAUUCUACAAUUUCUCGAUUUUAUGUUUGAUUCCUUUUUCAUUGUUGUUCUAAAUGCAACGUAAUUAUUAGUUCAUCAAAAAACACCCUUCACUGAUCCGUCUACUUGGAAUCACACACUUCUCACGAUGAAAGAAAUGAAGUGCCUUAACUGAGAAAGUUCAGCAGUAUCAGCAACAACACCACCAUGCAACUCAUUACAUCUUCCUUUGCUGCUCUCCUGAUAGAUGUACAGAACUGCCAGCAGCCAUGCCAACCUCCACGGCUUAGUGUCCGAUGUAACCAUGGGGAAGCGAAGGAGAGGAAAGCGCCACGGUCUCACCUGCUCGAACCAUUGUGAAGACACGCACCACAUCUCUGGAUUCGAUCCCGAGUACAUGUUCCGAAUGCCAACGUUCGAAGAGAUGCUAAGCCAGUGGGUCUCCGAGAGCAGAAACAGCCACCAUAGUGGUGGAUUGGUAGGAGGAGACGUAUCGAGCCAAGAUGACGAGAUGGACUGCGAGCUGACUCUAUCAUCCUUCUACCUCCAUGAUCAGAAGCCGACAGUGAGAGAAGAGAAUAGUGACUUGGGUUCGAGUAUAGACUUCGAUGCAACUGCUGCGGUUGCAGUUCCAAGUAGCACAAAUGGCGAUGGCUCCACCGACAACCUCAACUUGGAGCUGACCAUCUCAUCACCUGGUUCUGGCCAACUCAUUUCGUAGUUGGAUAAGGAUCGAAGCAAUGAAGACAUAGCUGAGUAGAGGUGAUAGAUCGAUUGGGUGCACUGAUGUCACAGCUUGUGCAGAGGAGCAAAGAGUAGUCAUUAGCAUACGAGGCUUGUUGAGUUUUGCACGGAUCUUCAUCUCAUCGUUGAGUUUCUUGAAACCAAGUCAGCGACGUGUGCGAGAGAGAGAGAGAGAGAGAGAGAGAGAGAGAGAGGUCGGAAUUGUGGUCUUUGUACAGUUUCGAGAAACUUCUAAGAUGCGGACACGAGAAAGAACUUACGUACUCGUGUGUUUAUAUAUACAUAUAUAUAUUUCUUUGUUGUCA